AUGGGGACCAGGGACCUCCUGUUCUUAGCCCUGGUCUGUAGGCUAGCCUGGGCUGGGACAAGGGAGUCAUGUGCACACCGCUGUGGAGAGAGGUUGAACAAAGGAGCUGAAUGCCAGUGUAACCAUCAAUGUGAAGAGCACAAGGACUGCUGUGAGGACUAUGAGAAGCUGUGCACAAGUCAAGAAGAGCCCAACGAAAUGGAGACAGAAACAGAAUGGGAAGAAGACACAGCCCCAGACAGCAAUCUGUACUUGGCACCUAAUUCUUGCCAUGGCCGCUGCCAUGAAGGCUUUGACAAACACCACCCAUGCCACUGCAAUUCAAAGUGCCAGAAGUUUGGUAACUGCUGUGAAGAUUAUGAGAGUCUAUGUGCCCAUGACGGUUUCUCCCGAAGCAGCGAUGCCAUCACUAAUGAGGAACUCCUGACUAUCUCAGAGAAGAUCUACAAGGCAGAUACCAACAAAGCUCGGAAGGAAGAUAUCAUUCUCAACAGCCAGAACCGUGUCUCUCCCUCUGAGACAAAUGACCAGGUGGAUCGAUGCUCUGAGCCGCUCUACAGCUAUGUAAAUGAAGAACUCUUCUCCAAACCAACCUAUGCUGCAUUCAUCAACCUCCUCAAUAACUACCAGCGGGUGACAGGUCAAGGGGAACAUUUCACGCCCCAGCAGCUUGGGGAACAGGAUAACUUCCUUCAAGAGAUAAUGAAGACAGCAGUCAUGAAGGAACUCUAUGGCUUCCUCCAUCAAAAGAACAGAUACAGCUCAGAGCAGGAAUUUGUCAGUGACCUAAAGAACAUGUGGUUUGGUCUGUAUUCCCGUGGCAACGAUGAGGGUGACUCCAGUGGUUUUGAACAUGUUUUCUCAGGUGAAGUGAAAAAGGGGAAAGUGACAGGAUUCCAUAACUGGAUCCGCUUCUACCUGCAGGAGAAGGAAGGUCUGGUGGACUAUUAUAGCCACAACUACGAUGGGCCGUGGGAUUCUUAUCCUGACGUGCUAGGAAUGCAAUUUAACUGGGAUGGCUACUACAAAGAAGUGGGAUCAGCUUUCAUCGGCAGUAGUCCUGAGUUUGAGUUUGCUCUCUAUUCCUUGUGCUUCAUCAGCAGGCCCGGCAGAGAGUGUCAUCUGAGCCUAGGAGGGUACCCCCUGGCCAUCCAGACUUAUUCCUGGGACAAGAUCACCUAUGGAAAUGGUAAAAAGUACAUUGCUACAGCCUAUGUAGUGUCUUCUACGAAUUAA